UAUGCAUCCAUGAUAGUUUUCAAUAAAAUGCCUAAUGCAAAGCCCCAUAUGUGAGGAAAAACAGCACCGGUUUAAGUAGUAAUCGAUAAUGGACCAAAUGGGCAAUCGGCACUUUAUAUGGCAGCCAUCGCGGGGAGGGGUGGGAAUAACGCUGCAAUCAUUGCACAUGGCUGCCGGCACUGUGUUCGCUUUAAUGCGUUAUAUACCGGGGCGACGACAGACUUCAACGCCAACACAUGUGCCGACUUCCGGUCUGACUGUCCAGUCGCGCGAACCACCAUCUCGCCGAUCAUCACCCAGGAACAAAAUUAACUUUACGUGUCGCCUGUCGCUGCUCGGACAGAGUCAUGUCCCGUGUGUGAAUUAGGCAAUGGCGGCCACUUAUGCUGAUCAUAAUCACUGGAGCGUUUUCCUGCGCGGAUUGCUCAACAAAUUCACCAAAUAUGAGACAUCACGCGGAGUGGAAUUCAAAUCACCUGCCAUUGGAUUAUGCAAUCGUUUGGUGCAGUUGAUUGUUCUGUCAUAUAUUGUGGGGAUUGUCUUUGUGGCCGACAAAGGUUACCAAGAAUUCGAUACGGGUGAAAGCAGCGUGGUGGCUAAGGUCAAGGGAAAUCAAGCGCAUAUCAACAAAGACGCUGCCGCUGCUGACAUGUUUAAUGUCGAAGGUGGUGUGACAUGGGACGCAACCGAUGUUGUCAUCCCACCAUUGGAAAACAACGCGUUGUUCAUCAUGACUAAAGUGUCCAUGACGCCCAAACAGGUUCAAGGCAAGUGUCCAGAGGAAUUUCAAAUUAACGUCAACGAAACAAAGUGCUACAAAGACGAUGACUGCAAAAUCGGGACCACAGUCCACUUCGGUCACGGCUUCCACUCAGGCAGCUGCGUGGCCUCCACCGGCACUUGUGAAGUGCACGCGUGGUGCCCGUUAGAGGACGAUAAACGACGAUCAAUAGUCCUCUCGGGUGGGGAGAACUUAACGAUACUCGUGAAGAAUUUCGUAAUGUUCCCGCGGAUGCGAAUUCGCAGGCGGAAUUUGGGCGAACUGCCGGAGCGUUACGUUAAGCAUUGCACGUACGAUCCGGUUUCCGAUCCAUUGUGUCCCAUCUUCGUAUUGAAGGACAUUGCACGUCUGGCUGGCGGGGAUUUUCUCAGCAUGGCAACGCAUGGAGCUGUUGUGAGUUUUGCAAUUCACUGGGAUUGCAAUUUGGAUUUUCACAUUCGCCACUGCAUGCCAACAUACUCGUUUCGUCGGCUAGAUGAUCCCAAAGAAACCAACUCUCCUGGAUGGUCUUUCCGAAUAUCGGGAUACUGGCUGGACAACGAUGAACAAGCACGUUAUUUGUUAAAGGCCACCGGGAUUCGGAUCGUUUUUAACGUAUACGCUGUCGCCGGGCGUUUCAGUAUUGUAAAGUUCACCAUGAAUCUGGGAUCGGGACUGGGUCUUCUCGGCAUGGCCACUCUAUUAUGUGAUUACAUCCUCUUCAACUGUGCUAGACCGGAAGUCAGGAGGGAACGAGAGCGUCUGGCGGUUGUCGACGUCGGGACAACUCCCAUUCUGCGCCGUGACAGCCGACUGCCACGCUGACGUCGUUAUUGUUUGACUGGGGAAAUACGGACGAGCGGUGUUUGUAUUAAUAGAAUGGAUUAUAAAGCGAGUGUACAUUUUUCUUGUUUGUACCGAGCAAACUAUUCUAAGAUGCAAUUUCCUAGGGUAGUGGUUAAUUCCCGAUAAACCGCUUAUAAAAAUCACGAACAAUAAAUUAAAUUUUAAGGCAGUAUUAUUUUUCAGAGCAAACGCCCAGAAAUUAUUCCAUAAAUAUAUAUAAAAUGUUUUCAGCUGAUUUAUUUUUUUGUUCUACAGGGCCGCUUUGAGCAAACUGGAAACCUUUUUUGUUCCUUUUGUACAUAAAUAUGCAGUAAAUUUUUGAUUAAGGCUCUAUUUAAAAAUAGAUGCUACUUAUCUUGUACGUUCUGUAAUUUGCAAAACCAAUUUGACAUCAGAAGCGACACGGAUCAGUUAAAACAAUUAAAAAACCAUAUUAAUAACAAACAAAUCGGCAAAAAUCUUUCGCAAGCCACUGGCAUGAUGACAUCCAUUACAUUAAGCUGUUUGGUCCACCGGCUUUGUCUUAUCCUGAAUGUACUUUUCGGCCUUCUUCAGCAGUGCAUCCGCUUCCACAUAGCCGCUGACCUUUACCGCAUCGCUCAAUGGCAACCACCACGCCGCGUUAUGUGCAUCGCCGGUGACCUUAAUAUUCUUGGCAUUGCCUUUACUCUUAUCGUUAUCCUUGGCUUUCUCUCCCGUUAUGAACUCCGCCAAGCCGUACCAGAUUUUCUUGAUCUCCUUCCGCACUGAGUACUGCAUCUUGAAGGAGAAGUCGUCGAACACCUUCAAAUCGCGGCUCUCCAGCCCGGUUUCCUUCAGUGUCUCUUGAAGAGCUGCUUCUCGAUCGUUUUCCGUUUCGAUGUAGCCUGUUCAAACAUAAAAUGCCGUACUUCUAUGGAAUACAGAGCUGCUAACGGCGACCCAUA